AUGCACGCUAAUAACUUGAAUCGCAUGAGCAAUGCAACUGCGCCGCUUGCUGGGCCUCCCGCUAAUAAUACACCUAAUUUACCUCCACGCAGCGACAAUCAGCCGAUUAAUAACUCAAAUAUUUCACUUUACAAAAUAACAGACUGUUUACCGGUGGCACAAGUUAAAAAGUCUUCGCUGAAACAUUUAAACAAUAUUACUUUGGCGGAUGACAAUUAUUUUCAUCCGUCAGAGAUAGAGAUACUUAUUGGUGCACCGCAUUACGCCGAUAUAAUGUUGUCGGGUCGUGUUACGGGCGCACCUGGCACUCCUACCGCUUUCGAAACAAUAUUCGGGUAUAUUAUCAUCGGUAACGUCCCCUUAUUGGGUUCUGAUUGCACCAAUAACUGUAACAGUUAUACCGCUAUUUCGCUAUGUUCUAUAGUAGAACAACCGCAGUUAGAAAAUUUAAUUAAAAAUGAAAAAUUUCACCAUGUUGCGGGUGAUCAAAAUCCUAGUGAUUGUCUAUCUCGCGGCUUAUCACCCACUGCAUUUAUAAAUAAUUCUACUUGGUUUACUGGCCCAAAAUGGUUAGAACUGGAAUCAUCUGAGUGGUCAAUUACAUCUCUAAACUCUGAAACAGCUGUUGAUAUAGAAGAAGAAAGAAAAAUAGUCUCUAUUCCUGCUACAGUGUGGAGUGAUCCAAACCCAAUUUUAGAACUGUCUCAUCGAGUUUCUUCUUGGUUAUUGUUUCUCCGUACAGUGGUAUGGAUAUACCGUUUUCUCAAAAGACUUCCUAGAUCUACUAAUGUCUCUGCUGACGAUAUUAGUUAUGCUGAAAUACAGAUAUUUAAGGUUUUACAAAAGGUAUAUUUCUAUGAUGUCAUCCAUAGCCUUAAAACUAGUGGCCGCUGCUCGCGUUCUAUUCAAAGAUUAUGUCCCUUUCUAGAUGCUGAUGGGUUGAUAAGGGUUGGUGGUAGAUUAAAAAAUGCCAAUCUACAGUAUGAUCAGCAGCAUCCUAUUUUGUUACCGCGAAAGGACAGGAUACUUGAGUUAAUUAUUUCCUAUUAUCAUCGUCAUAACUGUCACGCUGGUCCAGUCACUUUAAUGGCGAUUCUUCGACAACGUUAUUGGAUACUAUCGUGCCGCAGCAUAGUGCGAUCAGUUAUACAUAAAUGUAACUUUUGUUUUAAAGCAAAUCCUCAUCCUAUUAUACCGCUCAUGGGUGACUUACCAGACUAUCGUGUAAACGAAUCUAAAGCUUUCGUCCAUACCGCUGUAGACUAUGCUGGUCCUAUUUCAAUAAUUCCUUAUCGAAAACGUGGAGUCCGCUCUAUGAAGGCUUAUCUUUGCAUUUUUGUUUGUAUGGUGGUUCGAGCUGUACACGUUGAGCUUACUACAGACCUUAGUACCAGUUCAUUUCUUUCUGCAUUCAAGCGAUUUAUUGCGCGUCGUGGCGCUAUUUCUGUUCUUUAUUCAGAUAAUGCAAAGAAUUUUGUUGGAGCAAAAAAUGCAUUAUCAGAUAUAUUUACACUUACAAACUCGAUUGAAUUCCAUGAUACAUUUGCCACUGAGCUUGCAAAUAAUCGUAUACAGUGGAAGUUCAAUCCUCCUCGAAGUCCUCAUUUUGGUGGCUGCUUCGAAAUAUUUGUUAAGGCUUUUAAGAACCAUUUGCGUCGUGUGGUAGGUGAACAGUUACUAACGUAUGAAGAAAUGUUAACUGUUCUUACACAAAUUGAAUCAGUUAUCAAUUCUCGACCGCUUACACUUUUAAGUGAGGAUCCAUCUGAGCUCACAGCUUCAACUCCAGCUCACUUCUUGAUGUCAUCACCAGUAAAAUUUAUACCCGCUAGAAUGAAAGUAGAUGAUGAACCAGUUUCACUUUUAAAACGAUAUGCGUUGUUGGAUGGUAUGAUACAAUCAUUCAGUAAUCGAUGGAAAUUGGAAUAUCUCCAUUUGCUACAGUCGAGAACAAAAUGGAAUACACAAGCCAAUCCUGUCACAAUAGGUACAGUUGUAGUUAUAGUGACAGAUAACGUUUCUCCACUUUCUUGGCCUUUAGGAAAGGUAAUGGAAAUUUAUCCCGGAAAAGAUGGAAUUUGUAGAGUAGUUUUAGUCAAAACUGCAACGGGAAUUUAUAAAAGGCCUAUUGUGCGUUUAUGCCCAUUACCGAACCAAUAA